GUGCCUAGUACUUGCACUUAUUUCUUGGCGAGUACAGAGGAAGAAGGAGCCAAGCAAAUCUCAUCGCCCCCUGUCCAGCAUCCCGAUCCUUCGCAGAAAACACAAUCUGCCAUCCAAUAAGUUUGCUCGCGAUGGCUUCUUUCUUCCGCCAUCCACUCUCGCAUUCGUUGCUGUCGCCAGACACGAGGGAGCGCUCGCCUCCCGUCCACUCGCUCAAUACGCCGUACACGUGAAUAUCCACGGCCACCCGCAUUCAAAUCACGAUCGCGAUCACGAUAACCCACUUCCACCACCGCAGCCAUGGGCCUCCCCAACGCCCUCCUCGCGCUCCUCGCAACGAUCAUCGCAACAGCGGACGCCCUGAACGUCACCGUCCCCUCGGAGAUCGAAGCCGGCGUUGAGACGGAAAUCGAAAUUGGCUUCGAUUACUGGAAACAGCCGUUUGUCUACGAGACCCUUCCAGGGCCAGUCUUUGACGAGGUCGUGGCGGUAUGCCGAAACCCCGUGGACGAGGAGGUUGGCUGUGGACACGAUAUGUUGUACGAGCAUUACCAGCUGUUCCUAUUCACUGAGGAAUGGAUGGACACCUGCUACCUGAGCGACUUCAUCCCAAUGGGCACAACCAACCCCAAAAUCACAAUCCCCAAAGACCUAGGACCCCCCGAAGCCUAUAAAAUCACAGCCAUGGCCUUCAACGGCACGCAAAUCCAAACAAACUACUACGGCGUCGAAUCCUCCCCCGACUUUACCCUCACAAACACAGACAUCAAAUCCUGGACGUCAUGGGAACACUACGGAGGCUGGUUGAAACCAUGGCACUCCCUCCCCUGCUCCUCGUACGGCUGCUUCCGCACCUGCGGCCUCAAAUUCGCAGAUGACAAGGGGAACACGAAACAAGGCACGGCCGCCGGGCUCUUCAACUGCCUUAACGAGUGUCCUGGUAUUCUUGCGGAUUGGAAUGACGAUGAUUCGCAGUGGUCGUGGUAUAAAGCGUUCGACGGGUUCGAUUGGUCUGGUGAAUCGACGGCCGUGACGACGAGCACGCCGAGCGCGGUGCCUAGUACUACGGGUUAUGGGUACCAGACGAUGGAUAAGCAGGAGACGACGUUGUACGGCACGCCGACGGCGCCGACGGAGUAUUCGUGGUAUAGUCUUUUGACGGCGAAGCCGACGGCGACAAGACAGGCUUCGGCGGGGAAGAGGAGGGCUAAGCCUCCCGUGGCGGUGCCAAAGAAGACGAGCUAUGCGGGCCUCAUGGUAACGACAGUGUUGACGUGCCUGGUUGCGUUUGGCAUUGGAUCUGUGCUCGGAUGGAUUUGGCCUGAUGGAUUGAGGCACGAUGGAUGAAGAUGGUUGUUGCAGAUGUAUGGUGUGCAUAGUUAUUAGAGCAAUUGAGCUAUUGCCCAUUCCGUGCUCUCCUGAAUGACUUCAGCUUCGGCUUCUCUGCAUCGAAGCUCUCAAAGGCCGAGCGGAUCCUAUUAGCUAAUAAUAAGAGCUACCAGAUAACACGGCCUGCACCCCGCACGAGCUCGAUGCAUCAGCUGGGUGUCCCAGGGGACGCCCGGACGCGCUUUGCUGCGGGGAACUCCUGUGAGAGUGAGACGGACACUUGACAAUCGGGGUUCCUAGCCCAUUGUUUACCUCAAAACGUGUUGUUCCGGGCUGGGAAGCGGUAAUUCU